CAGGUUGCUCGCCUACUGCACCUCGGGCGGCUAUUAUAACUUUACAUCCUGUGGCCCUGGAAGCUCCUGCCGCAUUGUUCUUCCUGGCUUUGCAAUCUGCGACCUUGACUCCAACUAUCCAUGUGGCAGCACAACCACCACCGGCACGAUAACUACGACCACGACCACAACCACGACCUCCACAUCAUCCAAAACAUCAACCACUUUGUCGACCAAAACAUCGUCGGCAUCAUCCAAAUCCAAAACAUCAUCUACAUCCUCCAAAACAUCAUCUACAUCCUCCAUUACAUCAUCCACAUCAUCCACAUCCAGAACCACUACACCAUCUACAUCCAGAACCACUGCAUCAUCCACAUCCAGAACCACUACUGCCUCCAGUCUCCCUGCAU